AUGGAAAAUCUGAAUGAUGAUGCAGCUUUGUCUAUUUCUUCCCGAGAGAAGAGGAAGCAAAACUCGCCAUCAAUGAUUUUCGGGGGUCUCAUUGCUAUCUCCACUUCUGGAAGGGGCUGGGGAGCUUGCAAUAGAUCUGCAAAAGAGCGGGGACCAGCAGGGGGGACCCCCUCUUCAAGGGGGUCGUCGGCGGCCAACGAGAAUUUUCCAAACCCUAGCAGAGCAGAAAUACGCUAUGUUAUAGGUAAAGCAAAUGAGAGUUGUGAUGUCUACAGCUUUGGGAUACUUCUUCUAGAGCUUGCCAGAGGCUGGAAACCCCUUGAAAAACUGAGUGCAACAGUGAAACGCUCCACUACUGAUUGGGCGCUGCCAUUGGUAUGUGAGAGAAAGUUUGGUGAACUAGCAGAUCCGAAGCUUAAUGGUAAGUAUGUAGAGGAUGCGUUGAAAAGACUUAUCUUGGUUGCACUCGUAUGUGCUAACAGUCGUCCUGAGAAGAGACCCACGAUGCUUGAGGUGGUGGAUCUUCUGAAGGGAAUUUCAAAGGAGAAAUUAGCUGAACUGGAAAAGCUUGAACUAUUCAAGUCCCUUCAAGCUGCAGAUUACAAUGAUGGGGCAUCAGUCGCGGAAGACAGCUCAGACUUCAUUUCGGAGGAGAAAGAUUUUAAGCCUGAAAAGAAAGAUGAUCGGGGUUGGAAAUGAGCGAGCAAGAUCACUGAAACUACUAAGUGCAGUAUAAAUUUGAUGUGGAAGUAUGUACAAUAUUUGGAUUUCUUGUGUCAAGGUGUAUCAAGAAAGCAUGUUUUUUUGCGAGUGCAGUACUGGGCUUUGUUUGUGGUUGGUUGCUCAUCAUCUUUUCUUUCUUUGUACUGGAACGAAUGACAUGGAAACUGUGUUAGAUUUUCUGUUGGAUUUUUGGC